AUGGAGGCCAACGAUCCGUCGGGAAGACUCACCGUGGAAGAUCUGUCCGAUUGCAGAAGCGAGUCCAGCCACUCGGAAUCGCAGCUGAGAGCGUUUCAAGAUUACGAGCGAGUCAAGGAAUUGAAUCUGUCGGUGGAGAAAUCGAAGGAAGACGCGACGGAGCCUAAAGAUUUCCAUCUGGGACUGGAACCUGCCAGGAUCCACUUCGAGGAGUUCGAGAACGCGACCAGGAAUCUUCCGAUGAGUCUGAACAAGGGCAAAGACUUCGGUUACAUCGCGAGUGGUUUGAACGAAAUGGCUUAUCCGUUGGACAGAUUGAACGAGAACGAGGAAUCCCUGGAAACGUCGAGUCUGUGCAGGUCCAAGAAUCCGACGGCCAAGGAUCUUCUGUUCAACCUCCGCGAGGGGAGGCAGAAGAACGCUCAUACCGCGUUGUCGAUGGACAGGUACGGCAAGGAUUUGAACUUCGCCGUUUCCGAGAAGGAUAUUAAGGAUUUUGGGCUGUUGAAGAAUUAUAGCUUGGAUCGGAUGAAGGAGUUUAAUCUGUCGCUGGAUAGAAUGAGGGACAAUCACAUCGGGAACUUCGCUCUGGAGAGACUCCGCGGCGGUGGCGGAUUGCUAGAGAACCCUCCUAUCUUAGAGCACAACGAGUUUAAGAAUAUUCAGGCGCAACCGAGGAACCAGAAUAUCGAGGCGAUCGCGUUGGAAAGGAUGAGACGGUCUCAUCUGCUGGGCACCGAUCUGACAGCACAGAAUCUAUCCUCGCAGCUGUCUCAUCCGCAUUCUAUCACCCAGAUGCAACACUCGCAGCAACAACAGCAACAACAGGCCAAGUCGUUCACUAUCGAUGCUAUUCUUGGGCUGAGGAACAAUCCAAGGGAGAAACGGGGCCAACAGCAACAGUACAAGAAACACCAAGGCCAGGAAGGCGGCGCGAAGAACGGAAGCUCGAGCUCUUGUUCCGGCGGCGGUGGCAAGCUGAAGAGGGUGCGGACGAUCUUCACCGCGGAACAAUUGGAGCGGCUGGAGGGCGAGUUCGCGCGUCAACAAUACAUGGUCGGCCCGGAGAGACUGUACCUGGCGCACGCACUCAGGCUGACCGAGGCGCAGGUGAAGGUCUGGUUCCAGAACCGACGGAUCAAGUGGCGGAAACACCAUCACGAGCAGCAGAGCCAGCGAGUGCACGAGUUCCAGCGCACGCUGAAUUCCUCCCUGGAGCACGAGGACAGCAACGAGGCCGACAAAUGGUGA